UACACCGCAAUACACCAUAUCAUCUAUUUUUCAUUACUUAUUUAGAUAUGUGCUACAUAAAUGAUAUAUGCUGAAUAUUUUGGGAAGUACUGUAUUUCGAUAAUGUAUGGUCCACUUUGUACAGUAGUCACCGCGCGCUCUUUUUCCGUGAGCGCGCUCUCUUCUAUAGAUCAUUGUCAGGGGUCAACCAGGAGUCAAUACGCAAAAGCAUGGGCGGAGCACAAAUCAACGAAGCAGCACCACCAAAACAAAAAACAAUCCUGCCUCUGUCGAUGGACUCUCAGGCGUUAUUGGGAUUAAAAAGUAGAGAUGCCCAAUAAUAACACGACUUCAAGGUAGAAGCGCAUUCAGGCAUUCAAACAAAGUCCAUGAAAAAACAGAAGACAACUUCAAGACAACCGUCUCUAACUGGAAACGUCAAAGACACUUAUGAGACAUCAUGGACCAAGACUCAGAGCGUGCUCGGUUUGUGGAUGCCCACUGGAAAACACUUGUUCAGAAAGUAAUUAUGGUGAUGCCGAUAGCAGACGAACUGCUGUCAGACAACAUGCUCGAGUGGCAGCCGUACUGUAAGAUCAGAGCCGCAGUUACUAACCAGGAGAAAAUGAGAGAGCUUUAUGAAGUACUGCACUCUGGAGGAGACCAGGUUAAAUCUGCCUCUUAUUCUUGUCUGGAAAAGCAUGAGCCUUAUCUAUUUGGAGACCUUGGUUGCAUCAAACUGACGACAGAAAGUCUUGGAGAAUGCUUAAACAAAUACAAGACGUGGAUCCAGAAGGAAUAUGAAUAUGUGACCGAGUAUAACUCUCUGCCUGGUGAAUAUGUGCUGUUGUCUGAACUCUUCACUCAACCUCUGAUCAUCAUGAGACACAGAGAGAGACGAGAGCGAGAAGAAGAGAUGUGCUCUGUCGGAGAGAGUUUCCAGCAGCUCCUAGUCUCCAGAAAUAAUGCAGACAAGGACAGCUCCAUCCUGGAUGCACUCUUCAGUGCGGAUCGUAAAGGAAUAAGUCCAAAUUCGGUCAUUCUUCAAGGAAACUCUGGGAACGGCAAAUCCUUCACUGCUCAAAAGAUCAUGCUAGAUUGGGCGUCUGGAACACUUUGCAAAGUGGAAUUUGGAUGUCUGUUUCACUUAAAAUGCAAAGAAGUGAAUCGCAUAUCUGGAGAGCAGAGUUUGGCGGAGCUUUUGAGCUACAACUCCAAUUUAACAUCAAAGCAGAUCUCGCAGAUCCUGCAGAAGUCACCUGAGAAGGUUCUCAUCCUCAUUGAUGGUUUUGAUGAGCUCAGGUUUUCCUGUAGUGAUGUUUCAGAUCAUCCAAAACUCAAGCAUCUCUCUGAAAAAGCUCCACAUGAGGCUUCUCUGAAGGCCCUGUUGAUGGGUCACAUCUUGUCCGAGUCCUUCCUGCUGGUCACAACUAGAUCUACAGCUACAAAAACCCUGGACAGUUUGCUCAAGCACCCUCAGCGUUUCACAGAAAUCAUGGGUUUCUCUGAGAGGGAGGUGGAGGAAUAUUUCCAGAAGUUCUUCCAGAAUGAGCAACUCUUCUUGAAGGCUUAUGAAUAUGUAAGAUCAAAUGAAACUCUGAUCACCGCCUGCUCCAUCCCUGUCAUCUGCUGGAUCAUCUGCACAGUCCUGCGAGAGCGCUUCAGUGAGGGUUCAGAUUUAACAAGUGGACUGGAAACCACCACCUCCAUCUAUGUUGACUUUGUGUGCACUUUACUGGAGCAUCACAGCCAGGGUUUGGGUCAGCCAGUGCUAACUCUCCUGAGGAGUCUGGGUCAGCUGGCAGAGAGAGGGAUGCUGGAAACACAAGUGCUGUUUGAAGAGAAAAGCGUGAAUGAAAUGGUUUCAGACAGUCCUUUCUUGUGCAAGUUCCUCUUCAAGAGAAGGAUUCGCAAGGAAACAAUGUUCAGCUUCAUGCAUCUCAGCUUUCAGGAGUUCUUCACCGGUCUUUACUACAUCUUACUAGAUGAAAAAGAGUUUCUAGACAAGCUAACAGAGCGAUUUCACUCUCAAACACAAAGCUAUCUUUCCUUAUAUUUGGAUAAGGACUUUCCAUUAAAGCAUGGAUGUCCCGAACCUCAUUUCCUGCCUGUGGUUCAGUUUCUCUGUGGUCUCUCUAAUAGUGAAGUGAGCCGCUCGCUCCAGGAGAUGUUCAAUCUGUCUGUCCCUUCCUUUGUUCAACCACAGCUGAGAGAAUGGAUCCUUGAUAUGAGUAAAAGCAGUGUGUACAGUUAUUUGCCCUUCAUCCUCCACUGUCUCUAUGAGCUCCACGAGAAGGAGUUUGUGCAGAAAGCUAUGGAAGCUUGGCUAGAGUUGGACAUGUCCUGGGAUCCUCUGAGCAGGACAGACUGCUGGGCUUUGCUGUACUGUCUGGACUGCUGUCCUCACGUCAGAAGCCUAAAGCUCAACUUUGCAGCCACAGAACUGAAGAUGCUGCGGGAUGUGCUGUGCAGGACCCCAAAACUAGGGUUGACUGUACAAAAUGUUUCAGACACCAAUGUCACCGACCUCCUCUCAGCUCUUGGAGAAGGAAAGCAUCUGGAAGAACUAAACCUAAACAGCAGCUAUCUAUCAGAUCAAAGUGUGCAGCAGGUUCUCAACGCUCUGCACAAACAGAAGAGAGUGGGUGGACUUCAGAUUUCAGUAAAGAGCAUCACAGCUGAUACUGCGCUCAUCCUCUCAGACGUCCUGCAGAGCAAAGCAGAAUGGGAGGAGAUCAGUUUAAGGACCAAUGACGUGGAGAGUCUCUGCUCGUCUCUCCGGCUCUUCAGCUUUGAGGGAAAACUUGUGGUGAAUGUGGUGAGGUUGUGUUUAAACCUUCAGAAUCAGCCAUCGCUGUCAGAAAUCAUCCUUGAAUGUCCACGUUCAGAGGCAUCUAACAUUCAUAUCAAGAGCCUCACAGAGUCGUUCCACAGUGUUAACUGUAUAACUGAAGAAAGUGCAGAUUUUGACAGGAAUCUCCAUGCUCUGCUGUCUUUUUUGACAUCAGUAUCUGGAUUGAGUGCGUUAAAUCUGGCCGUUCCUUUCUUGACGAAGACCUGGGCUUCCAGAAUCCUCUUCCUCGUCGAGUCUACGCCGACACUGGCAGUGAUCAAUUUUCAUGCAGGCUCAUGGGGCUCAGAUGGUGCGAAAUGGCUCCCUGGUCUAUUAUUGGAGGAGGGAAUCAAGUUGCUGAAGGAAUCUGCAAAACGUCCAGAGUGCAUUGUGACCAUUAGAGGUUUCAGAUGCAGUAAAUCCUCUGAGCGCUGCUCUCAACACACAGAGCACAUCGACCAGCUCAGCUGCAACCAGAGAGUCACCAUUCAGUUUUGUGUAGACCAAUGUACAGAGGACAUAAAAUUGAAACUGGUACUGCCUGAUGAAAACUGAAGCUGUUGAAGCGGUCUGUUUAUGAUUUUGGCGGCUGGAGAAAUAACUCAGGCUGUGUCUUCAGAGUACCAUCCUCCUCGAGGUGCCUUAAAGAGAUAGUUCACCCACACUGUAAAUAAUGCAGGGUUCCACUCCAUUCAUUCAGGUUGUCCCAACACAAAUUGUACACAGUUAACUAACCAAAUUUAAAUGGAUUGAACAAAACAAUUAAGUUGUAGUAAAAAAUAGUCAAGAGUUGUGUUUCAGCUCAGUCUGAACAGCAGCAAAAUCAUUUUUUUUGAGUGCAAAAAUGAAACUUUUCUAACUACUAACUCACCUUUCUUUAUUCUGGUAAACACAAAGGAAGAUAUUUUGAACUAAGCUGAAAACCUAAAACCUUUGACUUCCAUAGUAGGACAAACAAUGGAUGUCAGUGAUUACAGGUUUCCAACAUUCUUCAAAAUAACCUCUUUUGUUAAACAGAAGAAAGAAAAUAAAUCAUGGUUAAAUUUUCUAUUUUGAGCGAACUAUCUCUUUAACGACCUUACUAUAAUAACUAUUUGUGAAAUUAGAAAGCACAUAAUGAAUCCCUGGAGGAAAAACAAAGAGCAGUAGAAUGAAAUGAGCAGCCGUUUACUGUGAGCAAACACUGUGAUGUCAUUUAGAUGAAAAUGUAAAUAUGUGCUUUCCUCUUAAUGACAAAAUGAGCUAACAGAAGUGACAGUGGUGAGAAAACAUCACUCAAUGUCAGUGCUGGAUAUAAUUAGUUACAAAGAACUAGCUACUGUAAUUAAAUGACUUUUCCACAUAAAAAGUUAAGUAUGCAAUUACUUUUAAGUAAUCUAAAGGUUACUUAUAGACUACCUGACAAAAGUCUUGCCGUCGAUCCCAGUUGUAAAAACAACAAAUAUUAACAACAAAUAAUCACUUCUAGUUGAUCAUUUGGAAAAAUGGUAGAAGGUAGAUGUUUCUGUUCAUCUGUUGAACUGCAUCCCAAUUAUCCCAAAUACUGGAGAAGACCUAUUGGAACCCACAUGUGCCCAAGCUUCCUAUAGAAAUCAGUCAAGUUUGGAGAAGGAAAAAUCAUGAUUUGGGGUUACAUUCAGUAUGUGGGCGUGCGAGAGAUCUGCAGAGUGGAUGGCAACAUCGACAGCCUGAGGUAUCAAGACUUUUGUGCUGCCCAUUACAAACCACAGGAGAGGGCAAAGUCUUCAGCAGGAUUGCACUCCUUCUCAUACUUCAACCUCCCCAUCAAAGUUCCUGAAAGCAAAGAAGGUCAAGGUACUCCAGGAUUAUUGAGCAUGUCUGGGGUAAGAUGAAUCCAAAUAAUCUUGAUGAACUCUUUUUUGCCAUUCCAGAAGUUAUUUGAGUCACAAUACUAAUUCUUUUUCCACUGCACCAUGACUUUAUAUUCUAUACUGUACAUUAUUUCUGUUAAGUGACAACUUUUGUCCUAGCAAAGCCAGACCUUACUGUCCUAAUGAAAUAAUCAAGGCAUGAUCAAUUUUUUGGUAAAAAGCGUAAUCUAGAGGCAUUUGCCUUUCAUAUAAGCCACCUCUAAUACCAAAUGAUCAACUAGAGGUCAAGUUAUUAUUGGUUGUUCCUAAAACUUGGAUAGGCAACAAGACUCUUGUCAGGUAGUAUAGGUUAUCUUAUAGCUUAGGUUACUUUUAAUCAAUUCAUAAAAGCGAAUCAAUUGAGAAAAGCAAAUCUUUUUUGUUAUACAAGCAUAUUUUGCAGGAUAAUUCUAUUUUUUAACUAAAGUUGUAUCAUUUAUCAUGUUGAUGAAUUAAAACGAUGAACUGAGUAAA